ACUCCAUGCCCUUCCAUGACUCCAUCCCCUUCCAUGACUCCAUGCCCUUCCAUGACUCCAUCCCCUUCCAUGACUCCAUCCCCUUCCAUGACUCCAUGCCCUUCCAUGACUCCAUGCCCUUCCAUGACUCCAUCCCCUUCCAUGACUCCAUCCCCUUCCAUGACUCCAUCCCCUUCCAUGACUCCAUGCCCUUCCAUGACUCCAUCCCCUUCCAUGACUCCAUCCCCUUCCAUGACUCCAUCCCCUUCCAUGACUCCAUCCCCUUCCAUGACUCCAUGCCCUUCCAUGACUCCAUCCCCUUCCAUGACUCCAUCCCCUUCCAUGACUCCAUCCCCUUCCAUGACUCCAUCCCCUUCCAUGACUCCAUGCCCUUCCAUGACUCCAUCCCCUUCCAUGACUCCAUGCCCUUCCAUGACUCCAUCCCCUUCCAUGACUCCAUCCCUUUCCAUGACUCCAUGCCCUUCCAUGACUCCAUCCCCUUCCAUGACUCCAUCCCCUUCCAUGACUCCAUCCCCUUCCAUGACUCCAUCCCCUUCCAUGACUCCAUCCCCUUCCAUGACUCCAUGCCCUUCCAUGACUCCAUCCCCUUCCAUGACUCCAUCCCCUUCCAUGACUCCAUACCCUUCCAUGACUCCAUGCCCUUCCAUGACUCCAUCCCCUUCCAUGACUCCAUGCCCUUCCAUGACUCCAUCCCCUUCCAUGACUCCAUGCCCUUCCAUGACUCCAUCCCCUUCCAUGACUCCAUCCCCUUCCAUGACUCCAUCCCCUUCCAUGACUCCAUGCCCUUCCAUGACUCCAUGCCCUUCCAUGACUCCAUCCCCUUCCAUGACUCCAUCCCCUUCCAUGACUCCAUCCCCUUCCAUGACUCCAUGCCCUUCCAUGACUCCAUCCCCUUCCAUGACUCCAUCCCUUCCAUGACUCCAUCCCUUCCAUGACUCCAUCCCUUCCAUGACUCCAUC